AUGGGUGCCAAUCCAGUAUUCGCAGUUACAGUGUUCUUCAUUCUCUUUCGAGAAUGUUUGGAAACAACCGUGGUUGUUUCCGUUCUGCUGGCCUUUCUGAAGCAGACCCUGGGAAAUGAAGAAGACAAGACGACGUAUAAAAGGCUCGUCAAACAAGUUUGGCUGGGAUGUGCAUUGGGUGUCGGUAUCUGUCUGGCGAUCGGCGCCGGCAUGAUCGGUGCCUUUUAUGGCCUCGGCACUGAUACCUUCUCCGCCACGGAGGAUAUCUGGGAGGGCGUACUGGGUAUCAUUGCAGCGAUCAUCAUCACCAUCAUGGGUGCCGCCCUGCUGCGGGUCUCCAAAAUCCAAGAGAAGUGGCGCGUUAAGCUGGCCAAGGCUUUGAGCCAUGAACGUAACCCCAAUGAAUCUUCGGGGGGACGGAUCAAGCGCUGGUCUGAAAAAUAUGUGAUGUUUAUGCUACCUUUCAUCACCGUCCUGCGUGAAGGCCUCGAGGCAGUCAUCUACGUGGGUGGUGUUGGCCUGGGUCUUCCCGCCUCGUCUUUCCCGUUGGCGGUGUUCUGCGGCUUGCUCGCAGGAUUCGUGGUUGGAUACAUUAUCUAUCGCGGCGGUCGCGAAACAUCGAUGCAAAUCUUCUUGAUCAUCUCCACUUGCUUCUUAUACUUGGUAGCCGCUGGUCUCUUCUCGCGCGGUGUCUGGUUCUUGGAAAACAAUACUUGGAACCACAAGGUGGGCGGAGACUCUGCCGAGACCGGCUCUGGUCCGGGAUCGUACGAUAUUGACCAAAGUGUGUGGCAUGUCAACUGCUGCAAUCCUCUCAUCGGUGGUGGUGGUGGCUGGGGUAUCUUCAAUGCUUUAUUUGGCUGGACCAACUCGGCGACUGUGGGAUCCGUUCUCGCAUAUAACUUUUACUGGAUCGCUGUGAUGGUCGGCUAUGGCCUGAUGAUGUGGCGCGAGCGCAACGGACCUCUGCCAUACCUGGACCCGGCCGUGAAGAAGCUCGCGCGAAGCAAGGGUCGGGCCAAGGCAUUUGUGUUCCGCACCAAGUGGGAUGAGCCUUAUUCGGAUGAACCUGCCACUGCUGGACCGUCUCGCAUCCAGGGAGACAAUCUCGAAGCCGGCGUGCUGCACAACGAGAAAAGUGCUGGCACAGCUGUGUCCACUGUCGCUCGACCCUAG